AUGAAUUCGAACUGGUUUUCUCAGUGGAAUGAGAGGCAACGUGAAGACGAGGAAGAAGAUGAAAAAUAUGAUGCACAGAGGCGAAGAAAUACAACACAAGUUAUGGCAGAAGCAGCUAGCUGGUUGGCUACUAACCCACUUCAACAACAACCUCAAUGGGGUGGUUCUGUUCCAGGUCGCGCUACCCGUCAUCAAUCACAUGACCCUGUGUACUCUGCCGAAACUUUCAGACGACGUUACAGGAUGAGGCGUGAAGUGUUCCUCCGCAUGUUAGAGCAUGUCCAGACGGCGGAUCCAUACUUUAGGCAGUCACAAGAUUGUGCUGGGCGUCCGGGAUUCUCACCUCACCAGAAAUUGACGUGUGCACUCCGGAUGCUAGCCACUGCAUGCUCGGCUGAUUCCUUAGAUGAAUCCUUCUGUAUGCUGGAAUCAACAGCCAUUGAGAAUCUUAGUCAAUUUUGUGGUACCAUUGUCACCAUGUACCAAGAACGCUACCUUCGGGCUCCUACAACAGAGGAUCUAGAUAUGCUCCUACAAAGAGCCGAGCGACGAGGGUUUCCUGGAAUGAUAGGUUCGCUUGACUGCAUGCAUUGGCAGUGGAAGAAUUGUCCAGUGGGAUGGCAGGGUAGCUUUAGAGGCAAAUCAAAAAAGCCAACCAUUGUUCUCGAAGCUGUGGCAGGUCAGUCAUCACAUCUUAACUACUAUGUGAACGGGACUCCUUAUGAGUUUGGGUACUACCUUGCUGAUGGUAUUUACCCUAAGUGGGCGACGCUGGUGCAAUCUAUUAGACAACCUGAGAAUGAACAGGAGGAGUAUUUUUCCACAAAACAGGAGGCGUACCGCAAGGAUGUUGAAAGGGCAUUUGGAAUUCUACAAGCACGAUUUGCAAUAGUUAGGCAACCUGCAAGAGGUUGGGAUAAGGAUUCAUUAUCAACAAUCAUGUUGGCUUGCAUAAUACUUCAGAACAUGAUUGUGGAGGACGAGUGA